AUGACUAAGAAAGUUCUGAUUAUGAUUGCGGAGAAAUCCGAAACCGUUGAGAUUGUUGCACCGGUUGAUACUCUGAGAAGAAUUGAAGGAAUUGAAGUGACAAUUGCAAGUGUUCAUGGAAGGGAACCAGUGAAGACGACAGCUGACAUUAUAAUCACGCCAGAUGUCGCUCUGUCUGAAGUUGACAAAGACGCUUACGAUGCAAUCAUAAUGCCUGGUGGUGAAGGUUACGUUAAUCUCGCGCAGUCAAAGCUUGUUGGCGAAAUAUUGAAAAAUCAAUACGAGAAAGGAAAACUCGUUGCCGGCAUUUGCAUGAGUCCAAAUGUGUUUCUUGCAAACGGUAUUGGAUUAGGAAAUAAAUUGACAUCUUAUCCAUAUAAGACUGAAGCAUUAAAAGAGAAAUAUCAAUAUGUUGAAGACAACGUCGUACAAGAUAAAAACAUGAUAACGAGUCGUGGACCGGGAACAGUUUACGCUUACGCGUUCAAAAUCGCUGAAAAUUUAGUCAGCAUUGACAAAGUGAAAGCUUCAGCUCAACUUAAUCUCUUUCCAAAUUUGUACUGAGAUAAACUUUGAAAAUUGAGUGAUUAGAUAAAAUAAAA